AUGGGCAAGAAGAAAUUCAUCAACAAAUAGAAUGCAGCUACACUCAAAAUGGUUCAUUAACCAGGUGAAAACAACCAAGGAGCCACAGACAUGAUUUGUUUCCAAAAAGUUAAUCAACCUGGCACUCAAAAUGAAUUGUACUCCCAUCUAAAUAUUGUAGAUCUGAACUCAUUGAAAAAGAACUCAACAAAGGCAAGUAUGAUCCCAACCUUAAACCUCGAAUGCCUGAAAUCGAUCCUACAUAAGAUGCCUUGCAUUUGGUUGCUGGAAGAGAGGACCUUUGGAUUCAUCAAUUGGCCAAAUAAAAGGCCCUCUAAGCAUUAAAACAGAAAUAAGAGUAAUUUCAGGAUGUGGUCAUGAAACACUAUGAUGAAAAUGGAUUGCCUAUUGAUGGGUAUGAUUACUCUUAGCAUCUUGCUCCAGAGAGACGUAAUAAUUUCAAUAUAUAAUCUCUUAGCCUAAGGAGAAGUGGAGUGUGUUUUUGUGGUUCCUGAAGAAGAGAGAUCCAAGGUUGUCUACGAUAUAGAUUUCAAAAGAGAAGAAUUAACACAAGAAUAAUAGGAGGUGUAUGAUCUAUUGAUGAAAGAAGAUGAUGAUGAUGAAAAUAAUUAAGAAAAUUAAGAAGAAUUAGAUGAUGAUUUUGUUUCCAAUUUAAUACAACAAAAUAAAUAAUAAUCCUUUUAAGAGCAGAAAGUAGAAUAGGUAUAAAAAGUGGAGAAAGUAGCUGAAUCACCGAAAAAAUAAGUUAGAUUUUAAGAGCAAGCAGAAUCUGAUAAUGAUGAAGAUUAUGAGGAUGAAGAGGAAAUGGAAAUCACUUAUGAUAAAAAUAAAAUGAAUUAGAAAUCAUAAUAAAAAUAAUAAUAAUAAUAAUAACAAUAGAAGUAAUAAAAACAAUCCAAAUAAUAAUAAAGUGAUUCUGAUUCAGAAUUAGAAAUUGAUUCUGAUAUGGAAAGAGAAUUCGAAAGAGAGAUGAAUGCUUAUGAAGCACCUGAUGAUGAAGAUGAUGAAGAUUAAUAAAAUAAAGAGUUUGUUAAUGAUCAAAUGCUUAAUAAGGUUAUAGAUGACCAUCUUAAUACAAUGACCAAAAAGUAAUAAAAAAAGACCAAAAAUUAACAAAAACAAAAAGAUCAACCAGAAGAAACUGAAUGUAUUAUAUAUUUCAUAAAUCAAUUUAGAAUAAAAAGAAAAAAGACUUGAGUAUUUAAGAAAUACAGAUUAUAAUGAAUACUUAAAAUAGAAAUUCCCGAAUGCAGAUUUCUCAUAAUUCCAUCUUAAGAAGGAGAUACCACCUCUCACUCCAGAAGAAGAUAUUGCAUUAUAGAACUAUCUCAAUAGGGAUUCAACUGAUGAAGAAUGUCCUGACAUGGAACCUGCUGAAAAGUAUUAAGAGACCAUUGUUACGAAAUCUCUUCAUAAUACUACCAUGUCCAAAAUGAAUCCAGAUUAAUUGAACAUCAUUAAGUAUAAAACAAAAGGGUAAGUCUAAUCGACCAAAGAGGAUAGGAUGAAAUAAAAGGAAGAAGAGAAGAUUAAAAUUAAAGAAUUAAAAUAAGAGAAGGAGAAGGUCAAAGAAGCUGUUUGUGGUAUGUAUACUAGUAAUAUUUUAGAAACUCUGAAGUAAGUUGUUAUCAAAAAAGAAGAAACACCUGAAGAAAAGAAACAGAGAAAAGAAUUAGUCAAAUAAUUGAAAUAAGCUUAAAAAGAGAAAAAAAAAGCAUUCAAAGAACAACUACAGACUAUGUCAAAAAAACUAUAAAAAUAAAAAUUGGCUAAUAUCCAAAGCAACUAAGCCGAAGGUGUUUCGAUUGUUAAAAUUGCAUGAUUGUUAUAUUUUUUUCAUAUAAUCUAAC